AUGGAGAAGAGGUACCUCUCAGAUGCAUACACCCGGCUUUACGAGCACGGACAUGCGUUGUCACAGGCCAUCAACACAGCGCAAGAUCCGGCACUCGCCUGUGAGCUGGCCUUUCGACCGCCGGCAGGUGCCUCCAGUGCCUCAUCCAGUGCUGCGGCAGCGAUUCCCAUCCCAGGAGCUUCAGCCUUCCGAGACGGGUUUUUCCUGUUCAUCCAGAUGGUCCGAUUCCGACCUCUUCCUGCCUUGCCCAUGAAUGCAGCAGCUCUUCUGGGCUCUGCAGACUUGAUGUGCGUUCUUGGAAGUCAGCUCCUGGACUAUCUCUGCCAGGGUGACGGUAUGCUGAGGGGCGCCAUGUCAUCCCAUGCCCUGGCCACAAGCCCCUCCGCGUGCCAUUCGGUCAGCAGAGUGUCAGCAGCCGCUGCCAUGUCGUCCUCCAGCUCCACAGGGCCACUGGGCGACAUGCCUGGCUUCACCUGGGAUGAGGCACGUGCUGCACAUGCCGCAGUUGCCUCUGCAGCCCGAGCGGGCCGGGAGGUUGCUGCGCAAGAGGAACCUUCAGUGCGCGAGGUUCCCGUGGAUCGUGCUGUCAUGCGCAGCUUGCGUGAGGUCGACUUCAACACCAAACGGCCGCGGAGAGCCAGGGAGACGCAGCAAACUGAGUGCUGCUCUGUUUGCCUUGAGGCACUUCAUCGCAGCGAGCGUGUCAUAGAACUUCCCAUCUGCAAGCACCUCUUCCACAAGAACUGCCUCACGAUCAUCCUGCCGUUCUCUGAGCUGCAGAACGCAGCCUUAGCCUGGCGAGAGUCUGCAGCAAGUGCAUGCUCGCUGGCCGUGCCCCUGAGCACAUGGCAGCGGGACAUCGCUGCCUCCCUCGGCAAGCUCGGGCGACAGCUGAAGUGGCAGGCAGUGCUCCAGCUGCUGGCUGACACACGCAAGGCUGGCGACUGGAACGUGGUUAUCUGCACGGCUGCGAUGGGCGCAUUUCGCGGGCGGAAGAGCAAGGCUAUGGACCUCAUGUCCAACAUGCGUCAGGAGAGUAUCGAGCCCAACGAGAUCACGUACAACGCAGCCCUGCGUACACUGUCGCCCACUGGGUCCUGGCCAGCGGCCAUCUGGCUUCUGGGGGACAUGGGCUGCCGCGCGACGACCGCAGACCUGAUCACUUGGAACACGCUGGCGACCACCUGCGGGAAGGGAGAGUGCUGGGGCGCUGCACUUUUGUGCCUGGCUGGGGCGAGGUGCGCUGCGUUGCGGACCGAUGCAAUCACCUACGGUGCUGCCCUGAAUGCAUACGAUUUGGGCCUGAAAUGGAAGCAUGCACUGUCGGCAGUGGUCGACAUGCGCCAGCAAGGCCUGGAAGCCAGCGCCGUUUGCAGCAACGCUGCUCUCAGCGCGGCGGCGAAGAGUGGCGACUGGAACCUGGGGGUGUCCUUGCUCGGAAACUUGAGGCUCCUAUCGCUGCAGUCUGAAAUAGCGGCCUACGGCUCUGCUACGAGCUCCUGUGAGAAGGGGCAGCAAUGGCAACCGGCGCUGCAACUGGUGUGCGUGGCAGCCUGGGAGGCCACGGAAGACACCAUUCUCGCAAGCACUGCGCUGAGUGCGUGUGAGAAGGGCCGAAGGUGGGAGGUGGCCUUAGACCGACUACACCGUCUGUGCCAGGAAGAUCCGACACAUGUGGACUUGAUUGCAUUCAAUGCCGCCAUCUCAGCGUGUGAGAAGAUGGGACAAUGGCAGUGGGCUCUGCAUCUUCUCGGCACUGCAGCCCAGCAACAGCUGGAAGUCAAUGUUGUGACCUACAACGCCGCGCUGAGCGCUUGCGAGAAAGGAGGAGCUUGGGAGCUGGCGCUGGACCUCCUCAGCAGCAUGCCCUCCCAGGCCCUCCGCCCGGACAGCCUCACCACCAACGCCGCUGCCUCGGCGGCCGCCCGGGGGCGCCGUUGGGAGGCAUCCCUGGCGCUACUCGCCAGCCGUGCAGGACUUGUGCCAGAUGUUGUCUCUUACGGUGCUGCCGUCACAGCGUGCGAGGCCGGCGGGCGAUGGCAGUUGGCCCUUCACCUGUUGAAGGAGGGGCUCCAGAAGGUGCAGUUGAGCGACAUCGUCUUCAACGCCGCAAUCAGCGCCUGUGAGAAAGGUAGCUGCUGGCAAUGGGCCCUGCACAUUUUGCUGGAGAUGGCGGGCCACGGUGUGCGAGCGUCAUUGAUAUCUUUCAACUCGGCGAUCAGUGCCUGUGCGCACAGCGGCCAUUGGCAGAUGGCCUUGGCACUCCUGGACCUUGCAACUGCGUCUGGGCAGCUUCCGGACGCGUUUAGCCUUAGCUCGGCCCUGGGCGCGUGUUCCGUGGGCCGAAGCUGGAGAUCUGCCUCGCAGCUUCUCGUCGCCUUUCGAGGGGCGCGGCUGCCUGUGGACAUUGCAGCUUUGAGCGCCGCCGGCGCUGUUUGUGAAGAGCCGAGCGAGCUGCGGUACAUCAUGGAGGAGGUGCAGCAAAUGGCCGCCUUCCUACUGUCCCCUUAG